GACCAAGACGAUCAUCUCUCCCAUUCUCUGCCAUGAAUAUCUUUCGAAGCAUUAUCGGAAAAGUUUGGCAUGACCCGAAUGCAGCAGAAGUAGUCAAAAUUGAGAACGGCCAAUUCUACUUGACUCGCGCUGGUAUCUUGCGGAGCAACAGAGAAUGCAUUUACAAUGAAGCAAUGAUCACUAUCCGUCGCAUUCCUUCAGUGGAGCACAACUUCGAGUUGGUUGUGACAAGGGUCUACGAAGAUGAGGACCAGGAGUUGCUCGAAGACGAGGAUGAGACUGACGAAGAACGCGUUUAUCUGAUCAGUCAAGAACUCGAGUUUAGAGCCGGCGAAACCGAUGGCGAGCCGACCUUCAUAUGGAGGGAUCUCCACGGCGAUGUUGAUGAAGCGUUUGAGUUCGUCGCAACCGGUACGAACGCCCCUACCAGAGCGUUUUUCGAAACAUGCAUGUACCGCGCCAUGUAUGAGCGCAAGUACAGAAGAAGUGCCGAUGCGACUUCAGAUGCCGAUCUCGAAGAGUUCAUAUACAAGCCUCCUGCACCGAAAUCUGCUUCAAGACCUCGCAAGAAGGUUCCAAAGGAAGAGCCUGUAGCAGCUCAACCCCUCGAAGCCGUCGAAGACGUUCCUCCUUCCCCUCCUCCCUCUCAACAGGAUAUCGUGGAGGCUCUGCCAGAAGUAGAUCGUCUAGGGCCACCGAGGGAAGUUCCUAACCUGGAGCCGGUUAUCACUAGCGAAGCUGAACUUUACCUCUGGGACUUUGAGGAGGCAGAGUUCAAGAACAAUGGCAUCGUGCUGGCCCGUCUAUGCAGAAAGUAUGACGACCCAUUUUCCUACUGGAUCGUAGCUGCGACCGACGAAGGAACCUUGUUGGCGCACACCUUAACCGCAGAUACUAAUCCUAAGUGGUCUCAUCACAUGCUAUCUCUCACCUGGAAUAACGUCAGUGAUUCCGGGCGGCCAAACAGCUGGCUUUUCCGCUGGAAAGACGAAGAUGACUACUCGAAUUACAUGACUACCUUCAUUCGAGCUCAGUGGGAGAGCGCUCACAGAAUGCCGUGGGAUAAGAUCAAGGUUGAGGAGCAAAAUUAUGUUAUGAGUGCCAUUGAUGAAGAUGUGGAGAUGAGGGACGUUCAAGACGAAUCCGAGGAAGAGGAGGAGAUCGCGGCCGCGUUGGAUCCUGACGAGGAGCCCAGUGAAGACGAGGAGGAAGAGGAACCACUGAGCGAAGAUGAAGACAGUCCAGCACCAGCCAAGGGCGAUCGCAACUCGCAGCUUACUGUGGGUUACAAGGGAGACAGGUCAUUCGUUGUCCGCGGAAACAACAUAGGCGUGUUCAGCCACAAGGGCAAGAACUCCGUCAAGUAUUAUGCCACUAUCAGCAAACUUGCUACUCCCAAAGGCAAGGAAUUCCGACCCGACCAUGUUAUGCUUCAUGACCAAGAUUCGAAGAUGGUGAUGAUGAACUCCGGCCAUCCCAAUACCCUUUUCAACCUCGACAUCGAACGCGGAAAGAUUGUCGAGGAGUGGAAAGUCCAUGACGAAAUCGGCGUCAACAGUAUCGCACCCGAGAGCAAAUUCGCACCCACUACUCGCGAACAAACACUUGUCGGGACAUCGCACAAUGCACUCUUCCGGAUCGAUCCUCGGAUGUCCGGCAGUAAGCUCGUCGACAGCCAGUACAAGCAAUACGCUAGCAAGAACAAGUUUAGCGGUGUCGUCACCACAGCGGCCGGCAAACUGGCUGUUGCGAGUGAGAAAGGUGAUAUUCGUCUGUUCGAUACCAUCGGCAAGAACGCGAAGACAGCCCUGCCACCUCUCGGAGAUCCUAUUCUGGGCAUCGAUGUGACCGCAAAUGGUCGUUAUAUUGUGGCCACCACUAAGACCUACCUGCUGCUUAUUGACACCUUGAUCGGGGAUGGAAGAUAUGCGGGCUCGCUAGGCUUCGACAAGAGCUUCCCUGCCACAUCCAAGCCCAAACCUAAACGGCUACAGCUGAAGCCAGAGCACGUUGCGUAUAUGGGCAAUAACAUCACUUUUACCCCAGCGCGGUUUAAUCAAGGCCAAGACCAAGAAGAGAACGCGAUCGUCACGUCUACCGGGCAGUAUGUAGUCGCCUGGGACUUUGCCAAAGUCAAGAAAGGAUUCUACGACAAGUACGAGAUCAAGAAGUACGAGGACCAUGUGGUUCAAGACAAUUUCAAGUUUGGUGAUGAUAAGGAAAUUAUUGUUGCGUUGGAUAACAAUGUCCUCGCAAUCAACAAGAAGAACCUGAAGAAGCCCACGAGACAAUCGCUGGCUCCCAACUUUGGUUACAGUCGUUCCGCCAUUGUCAAUUCGCCGUAUUGA